AUGACCACCACAAACUCCUCUCCCUCAAGACCACCCUUUCCGACCAUAGCGACGAAGGCUUCCUCCACCGCUCAGUCUUCUCAGUUGACUGUUGCGGCUGACAGCAAGGUCACCUCGCCUUCAGGCCCUCGGUCCACCUCUCGUGCCCCCCCGACCACCAAGCCCCGUCAUGAUGCUGCGGCUCCGGACCCUGCCUCUGAAAGAGCGACCUUGUCCCUGAUCAGACGGACGUUGGUGGCAGAUGGAAGCCAUGGAUCGGAUCGGAGGGCGUCACCAGCACCAAUCGAUGGUGUCUUACCGCCGCUUACCAGUUCCAACGAGGUAGAUGUCCAGCUGUAUGCCGUGGUUGCCAUAGUCAUUAAGGACUUUGUCAACUCGUGGUACUCCAAGAUCACGCCAGACCGAACAUUCGUGGAUGAGGUCAUUCAGAUCAUUGCUCACUGCAGUCGGGCACUGGAACAGAGGAUACGACAGGUGGACAUCACGGAGUUGAUACUAGACGAGUUACCUGUGUUGGUUGAGAGACAUAUCGCUGCCUACAGGACGGCCAUUACUGCUCAAGCUGCUCUGCAGUACGGCAAAAAUCCCCGACAAAUCUACCACGCCCUGAACCCACAUCCAGCCCUCGACCCUUCCCUUCCACCGGAGCAGCAACAAGCCUACGAGUCUGCCCACCGACAACUUCUUGUUCAGGGGGCAUUGGCGGUCCUCCUACCAACCGAAGACCUGGCAAACGCUUGUCUCAGAACAUUGGUGAGCGAUAUCAUCUCCGACCUCAUCCUCGGACAGGCAGUGGCGCAGAAACUCUGUCAGCCGUGGUUCCUGCACGGGACUGUCUCAAAAGUGGUGGAGAUAGUGACAUCGCCUUCUACACAUGCGUCUCCUGCCAAUGCCGGCGAUGACCAGAAAAUCCUUCAACAAGACGGCCGCCAAAGCCGGCUGGAACACUUUGGCCUAUUAAGUGCCAAUACGGCAUCUCAAGAGAGUUAUUCGUCGGACCGGCACCAAUCAUCGUUUAGUGCGUGGUUCUGGAGACUGCUUCAGUACGCCUUCAUCGCAUACCAGUUGACGCGGUUCACUCUUGUCGGCCUGGCUUACGCGCACCAUUUACCCCGGAGAAGCCGCCAUCAUCAGCAUCUCUUCACCGGCUCCACAACACCGCCGUCCAAAGACCAGCAACCGGCCCCGUCGACACGGCAAGCAUGGGGCCUUCAUCAUCGAUCCCCCCGUGCUGUGAUCAAUUACAGGGUGUUCUCCUGCAUGUCUAGCAUGCUCGAUUUGACCAUCCGCAUGCCGUGGCUGGCGAGCUCGUUGGGGUUUUGGCAGCACUUGUUGACCGCUGGUCCGGGCAAAUACGGUGCUGCAAAUUCCACACUCGACAACUUCCUGUAUCACACAAUCUCUACACGCCUCUUCUCGCCAGCCUUGAUUCCGCCUCUCCUUCUACAGAUUCGAGUCCUCAUAUUUCCCAACAAUACUCUAGGUCCACCUCCGCCGCCUCCUCCGUCUGUAGAAGAAGCACGAAAGAUCCGCUCCAAGGCCGCUUCUGAUAUGCUGUCUUUGAUCCCUAAGCCUGUGGGCAAGAGAUUCUUCGCCGUUCAAAACGCCGAGAAUGCUGAAGAUGAGGAGAUGGAAAUGCGGAUAGAGGUCGAGGAACGGUUAUUGGGGUGGACAGACGAUGCUGAAUUGAACAAGUACCUCAUCUAUGCCAUUCUCGAACACGUUCUCCUGAAGCUUGUGCCAGAAAUGAAGGACAAGACGCCGUCUGAGCUUCUGGCUGAGAGAGGCGUGGAUUUGGGCCCGUCUGGAGAGGGUGACAAGGCGGAGAAGUGGACUAACGGAGAUUGA